AUGUAAAACAAACUCAUAAAUCAAACCGUCGUGUCUGCUUGUGGUUGGUAAAGCCAUUGGGGGAAAAGUCAUAUGAUUAUGUCAUCUUAUCGACCAACUCUUGUACUCUUUCAUGGGAUUAAUGUGAAAAUGCUAUUCCAAGAACUGCUUGAGGUCUUCAGAACUUACCUCUCUCUUGAUAUCUGUUUGUAGAUAAUAAAAAUAUUACAGUACUCGCUUAAAAUUUUCAGUAUUUUUUUGAUGGCUAGUAAACCCUGUCAAGUACUUCUAGUUGACGUGGCGCAACCAUUUUCGCAUAUGUCAUUUGUAACCCCCUGACUGAGUUACAGAGACGAAAAAGGGCUCGUCAAAGUAUACGGAUUGUCGUUCAAAACGUGCAGAUGAUCACCCAAAAUCAAGCAAACUAUUUCUCUCGUUCCUUCGUCGUAACGAUCCCGAUAUGAGAGAGAUCGCUAGCUUUAGCGAGAUCUUUAUUGUCGGCGGAGAUACCGUUUCGGCUUAUCGUAUCUCUUCUGUGGCAAACUCUAUGACAUGAUCGUAGUGACGUAAUUUUGAGAUGGCGUGGCCAGGUGGUGUUUAGGAAUAACAUAUGCAAAAAUAUUUGUGCCAUGCCAUCUAGAAGUCUGUACCUUUAGUGAACAUGCGCCUUUUUUAUCUGUAACAACUGUACAAAUUGAACUGUACUCUUCAUUAUAGUAUAUAUUUAGAAUCAUGAGUCUCUGGCGAUUAGUUCAUAUUGGACCGUUUAUAGCUUUGUUUGUAACCUUUGUAUGUUACUGUGUUGCUGUCAUCGAUAGUUAUCUGUGGUUGUUUCCACUUCACACAAGCAAAUUUGGGAUUUGGAAUCUGAUAAUUCUCACAAUAUGGCUAGCGUUGAUCUUGCGGAACUUUUUCUUCGCUGUUUUGCUUGGUCCCGGGUUUGUUCCUCUCGAAUGGACACCGGAUGAUAAAGAUGAUGAAAAGUACCUACAAUACUGUUUUAUAUGCAAGGGAUAUAAACCACCAAGAGCGCAUCACUGCCGUGCAUGCAAACGAUGUGUUAUGAAAAUGGAUCAUCAUUGUCCAUGGAUUAAUACAUGCUGCGGUCAUCAGAAUCAUACAAAUUUUGUAUUGUUUCUCUUUUUUGCACCUGUUGGGUGUAUCCAUGCAUUAAUAGUAUGCAUUUUUACAUUACUUUAUCAAUUACUAUGGAGGGCAGAAAUGUAUCAAUAUGCAGUUGCACCUGUUCACUUUGGUGUAAAUGCAUUUUUUUUAAACAUUAUCGCUUGUGGUCUUGCUUUUGGUACAAUUGUUGCCGUUGGUGUAUUAUUUGCACAACAGCUUAAAAUUAUAAUAACAAACAAAACAGGCAUUGAACAAUGGAUUAUUGAUAAGGCUGAAGAACGAACAGGCCAAGGUGCACCCCCUUUCACAUACCCUUAUGAUUUGGGAUAUAAAAAGAACUUGAGUCAAAUUAUAAACUGGAAUUGUAGGCCUGAAGGGAGUGGGUAUUCAUGGCCUGUUGUUGAAGGUUGCACAAACCUUACACUAUCAAUUGAGCAAUUGGAACAAAAGAGAGAAAAACGUAAGAGAACUGUUUUGUUUUUGGUGAAAGAAUCAUACUCUGGGUGGUGGUGUCCUUGCACAAAAGGUCUAUGCACAUGCAUUCGUAUACCUAUAUCUGAUGAACCGCGUAUUCGUCUGGAAGUUGGAGAUAAAAUUGAAGUGACGAGAGGGUCACAUUAUUGGCUGUAUGGGAACAAAGUUUUGUCUGAAACAGAAUCUAAUGAAGGAAAACGUGUCAGAGGAUGGUUUCCAAGACGAUGUGUCUUGCGAUUAUCUCCACCCAGGGCUAUGCCAAAUGAUACGGAUGAAAACACAAAAAAGAAAGAUUGAAAUUGAUCUUAAUGAAGCUAUAAUUUAAAAAAAAUUUUAUUGAAUAUCUUGAACAUAAAAAUUCAUAUAAUUUGCAGUGUUGUUAUAUUAUUAUGGCAUUACCAAAUGUUUAAUAUUUCUGACAAAACUCUGUUUUGUUGAUAUUAUUCUUGAGAACAAAAGUUUAAAACAUUCAAUUAUGACAAACCAAGAAAUGAAUGAAAUUUUCAAAAUGCCUCAGACUCCUAAAAGCUUCAACAAAGUUACUUUUUGUCACAAAUGACUUAUGUAGCAUUGAAAUACUUGAUUCAAUAUUAAUAAUCAUUUGGUAAUAUUUCAUCUUAACUAAACAAAUUUCAUGUCAGAGACUGUGACUACUAUAUAUUCUGUGGCUUUAACGCGUUGUAUGCCCUGCAUAUCUAUGCAAAUGAGAGCUUACUCAAGAGUGCCUCAAAACUUCCUUAUAUUUAUGUUUAAAAUUGAUCUAAUUUUCAAAUAGUUCAAUGAAGAUAGAUUGAUAUUGUAUAUCAGGGGUGUGCAGCUCGCGGGCCACAACCCUCCUGUCAAUAAAUUUAUUGUGGCCCUUGUCAGCACUCAGAUUUUCCCCAUUUAGCAUGAAAUCCCAAUCCGACAGUUUAUGUUCUUUCUAUGUGGCCCAGGUAGAUGUCUGAAGUUGUUCACAUGACCCGCCGACAAAAUAUGUUGCACACCCUUCUGCAGCGACUUUCUCAAUUAUGGCAUAUUGUUGACAGUUUUGUUUUUCUUCAUUCCCUGGUGUUAGAAGCUGUAAACAUUCUACCCUGAUUAAAUGGCAACAAAACAUCAAAAUUUAUUCAUUUAAGUCAGAUAAAGAAUAUUAUUGAUUUUUAUAUCUAUAUGUAUAUUUUGCUAGUAGGAAAAUGACAUUAGCCAUGCUUGCUCAAUCUUGAGUUUUGUUAAGCAGUAAAUUGUAUGACUCUGUAAGUAUGACAUAUACCAGUACUCGUAUAUGUUUUUGCUCACAUUGUAGAUAAAUUUAUAAGCACUAGUGUAAUAGUCUUGUAUCAAUUGUUAUACCAAGAAGUAUAACCUUUUUCCCUAAUUUUUUUUAGAUUCAGAUAUGCUUGAAAAACUUGAUACAGAAUUAAACUAAAUCAUACAUAUAUAAAACAUAUGUAAUAAUUUUACUUAAACAUAAUCUUUGAAAAUAAUUCUAUCAAAAUCUUGUUUAAGAGGUAUGAAUUUGUUUAAAUGUUUCAAAUAACAGUUUGCUACUUAAAUAACUAGGCCUAUUUAAUAACGUUAAAUAUUACAUACAGUUUUGAAAUUCUUGGAUUAUGUGCAGCCAACAUGUUGUGUGUCUGUGUUACAUCAUUUUUGUUUUGCUUUUCAUUAUAAACUUCUUGUGGUAGUUAAUCAAGAAGCUUGAAUUUAUUAUAUAAUUUACUUGAAAUAGAAUUUGCUUAUCAUAGGUAUAAUUGAUAAUGUAUUUUUCUAAGAAUUAUGAUCCUUUCUGUUGUUUUACUUUUCUGUGUGGAGAAAAGUGUUUUUCUCAUUUCGAAUUUAAAUAAGUAUGCAUCAUUGAGGGAGCAUACAACAAUUUCCCCUACAUUGACUUGGGAAAUCAUAGUGUGACUAAGGAAUUACGUUAUAUAUUUUGUCUAAAUUUUGAACAUACCAUAUUUAGCCAUUGAUCCAAAACUUUAAUAUCAUAAAACCUGACAAAAAUAUCUUUGCUGAUAUUGCCGACAAAUUUGUCCUAGGCUUGAACUGAAAUUGUGUUUUCAAAUAAUGCUAUACUUUUAAGUUUCAUUUAUGUGAAAUUUUUAUACAUUGUGAAUUUGUCGAUUCAAAGGCUUUGAAAGAAAAAUCUGAAUGCUUAAAACCUAACAUAACUUUUAUUUCAUAUUAUAUAAACACUUUACAGUUCGAGCACUAUGGCUGAUAUUAAAUUCAUUCAAGAUAUAAUUAUUACUUAAGAAAGUUUCUUUAUGAGUAUACUAUGUGCUACUUUACUUCCAAUAUCUUUUUCUUUUAUACAUGAAG